UCCAGGGGCUCAGAAUGAGAUGGCCACCCACCCUGGCUACUAUGCUGAGCUGGUGGAGCAGGCCAUGGGCCGCUGUACCCUGGCCACGGAGGAGAUCGAGAGGGACCUGCACCGCUCCAUGCCCGAGCACCACGCCUUCCAGAAUGAGAUGGGCAUCGCUGCCCUCCGCAGGGUCCUCACCGCCUACGCCUGCCGCAACCCUGGCAUAGGAUACUGCCAGGCGAUGAACAUUGUGACGUCGGUGCUGCUGCUGUACUGUACAGAGGAGGAGGCCUUCUGGCUGUUGGUGGCUCUGUGUGAGAGGAUGCUGCCAGACUACUACAACACCAGGGUUGUGGGUGAGUGACAGCUAAGACUGACAAUAGA